UUCUGUGCAGCAAUAGUUCUGUGCAGCAAUAGUUCUGUGCAGCAGUAGUUCUGUGCAGCAAUAGUUCACAUUAUUUCACAUGUUGAAGAUUAUUAAUCAUAUGCUAGAACCCAAAGAAAGGCACAUGUAUAUUCUUAUUAUUACACUGAUAUACUUGACCAUGCCAACUGAAUAGCCUUACUCUUCCUGUGCAUACAGAACAUAGAGGGAAAGGGGAUACCUGGUCAGUUGCAUAACUGAAUGCAUUCAACCAAAAUGUGUCUUCCGCAUUUGACCCAACCCCUCUGAAUCAGAGUGGUGCAGGCUGACUUCAUCAACAUCAUUGGCACCCAGGGAGCAGUUGUUAGGGGUUACGUGCCUUGCUCAAGGGCAGAACAGUAGAUUUUUCCACCUUGCCAGCUCGGGAUUUGAACCAGUGACCUUUCAGUCACUCUUAAUCACUAGAUUUCCUGUUGCCCCCUAGAUAGGCCUAAUGCAAUAGUCUUCCUGUGACAAUUAGCUAGAUAGAUUUAGAUAUACUAGAUUUGCCAUUUUGGUCAAAGACAGAGAGGGAUGCAUGUAUGACUUUGCAUUUCAAGAUUCCUGUGUGUUUUAAAUCUACAGUACUUUCAAACACCUUUUUAGAAUGUAUAUUGCCAACUGGCAGGUGUCCCAAAUCUAGAACAUGAACCCUUCCCUGCUGCUCCCCUCUUUCUUCUGAUGGUGAACUCUUGAACUCUAGAACCCUAGAACCAGCCCUGAAUCAGUCAAGUAUCAAAUUAAUUAGAUGGAAGAAAUUAAGCUACCAGACCUUACAAGCUACUUGUAACCAACAAUCCUUCAUAUAAUUAGUUUUGACCCAAUCAUAGCCUUUUGAAUGUAGAAGGCUCUCAUUGGCUAACAUGACUCUUCCUGCCCUUUGGUCUUGGUCAAUGGGGGUCAGAUUCAGAGAUUUAUUUCCAUAUCACCUAUACAUGAUUGCAUCCUCUUCUCAUAUUAUGUCAUCACUCAACCAUAUUUUAGGUGUUUUGUUAGGUGUCUUCCCAAAUGCUCAUUCAUAAAUACCGUAUAAGCAGGACUCAUUGAGGAGUAAGACAAGAGUCCUCGGGUUGUAGUCCCUAGUUUAUGAUGAGUAAACAGACCAAAACUAUUCCUCUCACCUCCCAGUCCUCAUACUGUGUAACUCAUUCAAUAAAAUAAUUUCUAUAAAAUAUCAUGCAUUUUCAUAACUGUAUCCUAUAUAUGAUAUCAUAUUGGUGGCAGCGUUGGGAUACAGGCUACAGUUGGUCUGGGUACCAGUCUGCUUAGCUAACAUUCCACUCUGUAUUCCGUGUCCUAUGCCAAAGUUUAGCAGACAGUUUAGCGAAACAGACUUCUAUGGGCACGGGUAAGUCUCGGGCAAGGAGCGAACAACCACUGUACACAGAUCUCCGUUAUUUAAUGUUAGUUAUUACAGACAGAUCUGGCAUUUCUCCAUCUGGAAAAUACUACUUACAACACAACUGCAAUUAUUUUAUUUUAUAUUUGUCCAAGAUAGCUAGCUGCAAAGCUAGCAAGCUAGUUAAUUUAAGAUAUCUCUAGAUCCAGUUCGCCAGCAGAGCAGCACUCGCCAAAAAGACAGCAAACCAAAAGCUGCCAACAUUGCAGUGGGUGCCGGAUAGACAAUGGUGGUCCUUCAUUCUCGAAUGUGAAGCCGACGGACCCUAGCAGGAAGGACCAGAGAAAAGUGUUUGCUUAAGGUAAUUGGGAUGACAUGCAUGACCUUCUGGCUCUCCUCUCUACUGAGACCGAUCUGGCCACAGCAGGGCAGGCCCAGCUCCAACAGACCGAUCUGACCACAGCAGCGCAGGCCCAGCUCCAACAGACCGAUCUGGCCACAGCAGCGCAGGCCCAGCUCCAACAGACCGAUCUGGCCACAGCAGGGCAGGCCCAGCUCCAACAGACCGAUCUGGCCACAGCAGCGCAGGCCCAGCUCCAACAGACCGAUCUGACCACAGCAGCGCAGGCCCAGCUCCAACAGACCGAUCUGACCACAGCAGCGCAGGCCCAGCUCCAACAGACCGAUCUGGCCACAGCAGGGCAGGCCCAGCUCCAACAGACCGAUCUGGCCACAGCAGCGCAGGCCCAGCUCCAACAGACCGAUCUGGCCACAGCAGCGCAGGCCCAGCUCCAACAGACCGAUCUGACCACAGCAGCGCAGGCCCAGCUCCAACAGACCGAUCUGGCCACAGCAGGGCAGGCCCAGCUCCAACAGACCGAUCUGGCCACAGCAGCGCAGGCCCAGCUCCAACAGACCGAUCUGGCCACAGCAGCGCAGGCCCAGCUCCAACAGACCGAUCUGGCCACAGCAGGACAGGCCCAGCUCCAACAGACCGAUCUGGCCACAGCAGCGCAGGCCCAGCUCCAACAGACCGAUCUGACCACAGCGGCGCAGGCCCAGCUCUAACAGUGGUCUUCCCAACAGGCUGUCCUGUUCUGCUCCCCUUUGGCAACAGCUACUGCCACAACAAAAGAGGAUUGCUCUGAAGAGUACCUGCUGGAUACAGAUCUGCCAAGCACACCUCUGCCAGCCACACCUCCACUGCCCUUCACGGCUUCUCCACUGGGCCCAUCAAGAGAUGAGGUCGUGUCUUCAUCUUGUACCACGGCCGAUAGACAGAGCCCAUUAGAGCUGCCAGUGAUAGGCUACUGGCCAAUCACCACGGGGAAGAAGAUAUCCUAAAGCGGGUGAAUCUGCUCUGCUCUUAACACCACCCCAGAGAAGCUCCUAGCGACACACAGCUGUGGCAUUAUGUUACUGUAGAGAGUGAAACAGUCAGUGUCCCAGUCAUGUCCUCAGUCAUGUCCCCUGCCACCUGCACUUACCCAGCAGAAGGCCUCACCUCAAUGUUUCCAUUUGACGAUUUAGCUUCCGCCGCCUUCUUUCAAUGGGAACCGGAGGCCUCGAAGCAGAGGGGGCAGUGAGGAAGGAGCGAACAGAGGAAAGAGAUGAGCAUCCCUCCGGCCGUCUGUACAGGUUUUGCCAGCAGCCGCUGAAACAAAUAUCCAACAGCCCAUAUCAGCUUUUCUUGAGUGGUAGGAAAAUUUCUACUGCCUAGUGUUUCCCCUGUACAUUUUACAGGGCAUUGGAGGGAGCUCCAACAGUCUGCCUUUUAUGAGGCUGAAAAGAAGAGAUGGAUGGUGGAGAAGGGUAGUGACUCUAUACACACCUACACAGAGAAAUAAAUAGGAGCUGCAAAUCUAUUGUCAUGGUUAUUACCACCAGGGACUCAAUGUCAAACUUAAAUGAAUCAUUCUAUAUUUUCAGUUAACUGGUUCCAACAAACUUAAUGCACCAUAGUACACGUCGGUCGGGAGCUCUGUCCCUCAAUUGUUCGCGGAUGACGUGUCUCCUUUUGGGCAGCUCACAGUAAGGGUCUGGGUGGGUCCUCGUUGUCUUUUGCUUCAUGAAAUGUGCCACCGGUUUUCCUCACUGGAAAGCUCCGCAGGCAGAAUCAAUCAUCUGGUCCUUGAUGCCAAAUUGUCAUGGAAAUUACCACCAGGGACUCAAAGUCAAACUUAAAACGAAUCAUUAUUUAUUGUCAGUUAACUGGAGAAGUUCCAACAAACUUAAUGCACCAUAGUACACAUCGGUCAGGAGCUCUCCGGGGCAGUCCCGUUAGUUCUCUUAUAUACUGCUUACACAGACAAGUUAUAUUAGCAUGAUUUAUAUUGUACAUUAUUCCUGAUUAAUUCAUUUGGCUAUUGCUUAAACUAUCAAAGGAGGUUCUAUUAAAUACGUCAUUAUAAGUAAGCGAAAUGAACACAUAAAACCAGCCACUUCAUCCUUUCAAACCCUUCAUUCUGUGUUGUGCAAUCCAACUUGUAAAACCAUUGCAGUAGAAUGUUUUAUGCUUCGCUACAGGACACUAUUUUCAUUGAUGGAAGUGGUUUGGACUCUCGUUUGAUUUGUAUCUAUUUCACUGUUCAUUAUUUGACAUUUAAUCAGUACGGCCAGAGGAGGUGUGGUAUAUGGCCAAUAUACCACAGUUAAGGGCUGUUCACAACGCAGAGUGCCUGGAUACAACCCUUAGCCGUGGUAUACUGUCCAUAUAUCACAAACCCCAGAGGUGGCUUAUUGCUAUUAUAAACUGGUUACCAAUGUAAUUAGAGCAGUACAACUGCAUGUGCUUUCAGCCAAUCAGAAUUCAGGACUCAAACCACCCAGUUUAUAAUACUGAACAUACAUUGCUGUAUAUUUUGUUGUACAAAGGAUUGUGCUCCAACACUAUCAUAAAUACAGUAUGUCUGUGAUUUCAUUAAAGUAAACCUCAAAGUAAAGUAAUAUUCUCUGAUUUGCUUCAAUGUUGUCUUUAUGAAUAAGAUACAUGCAUGUCCAUUGUUCUCCAACACUAUCAUAAAUAUGCCUAGUUAAACCUUAACUUAUACCAAUCUUCUUCGUUUUUCAUGUUGUCUUUAUAUGCAUAAAAAUGGAAAUGCAAUGUCCUCCAAAUGCAAAACGUCCUCCAGCUAUUUCUGAACUUUACAUUUGAAAAGCAAUAUCCCAACUAUACAUAUAGUCAAGUACACACACAUUUUUUACAAAAGUGAUUUUAUUUGACACAACUUUUUAGGCAUUGAAGGAGCUGUUCUGAUGGGAAUCCGUGAUGUCAUAGCCUCCUUGAUUGAGGAACAAUAGAGGAGCAAAAGAGAACAAAAGAGGAAUGCAUUUACAUUCCCAUAUCAAACUGUUUAUGCUAAACAGACCUAAAACCACUAUCCAGCUUUGUUGUAUGAAAAAAUGAACAAAUAGGUGUUGCUCAUGAAGUGUGUAACUGCCGAGGUAGAAUACAGUGUAACUGCCGAGGUAGAAUACAGUGUAACUGCCGAGGUAGAAUACAGUGUAACUGCCGAGGUAUUAUACAGUGUAACUGCCGAGGUAGAAUACAGUGUAACUGCCGAUGUAGAAUACAGUGUAACUGCCGAGGUAGAAUACAGUGUAACUGCCGAGGUAGAAUACAGUGUAACUGCCGAGGUAGAAUACAGUGUAACUGCCGAGGUAGAAUACAGUGUAACUGCCGAGGUAGAAUACAGUGUAACUGCCGAGGUAGAAUACAGUGUAACUGCCGAGGUAGAAUACAGUGUAACUGCCGAGGUAGAAUACAGUGUAACUGCCGAGGUAGAAUACAGUGUAACACUGCCGAGGUAGAAUACAUUGUAACUGCCGAGGUAGAAUACAGUGUAACACUGCCGAGGUAGAAUACAGUGUAACUGCCGAGGUAGAAUACAGUGUAACUGCCGAGGUAGAAUACAUUGUAACUGCCGAGGUAGAAUACAGUGUAACUGCCGAGGUAGAAUACAGUGUAACUGCCGAUGUAGAAUACAGUGUAACUGCCGAGGUAGAAUACAGUGUAACUGCCGAGUUAGAAUACAGUGUAACUGCCGAGGUAGAAUACAGUGUAACUGCCGAGGUAGAAUACAGUGUAACUGCCGAGGUAGAAUACAUUGUAACUGCCGAGGUAGAAUACAGUGUAACUGCCGAGGUAGAAUACAGUGUAACUGCCGAGGUAGAAUACAGUGUAACUCCCGAGGUAGAAUACAGUGUAACUGCCGAGGUAGAAUACAGUGUAACUGCCGAGGUAGAAUACAGUGUAACUGCCGAGGUAGAAUACAGUGUAAGUGCCGAGGUAGAAUACAGUGUAACUGCCGAGGUAGAAUACAGUGUAAGUGCCGAGGUAGAAUACAGUGUAACUGCCGAGGUAGAAUACAGUGUAACUGCCGAGGUAGAAUACAGUGUAACUGCAGAGGUAGAAUAUUGAAAGUAGAACAAUCCACUUUAUGUGUUUAUCUUCAGAUUUAGUUUUUAUUGACCUACUUUGCAUCUCACAGGGUAUGGAUGUUACUGCUCUGAAGAGGCACUCAGUUAAUCACAAUGUGUCCCAUCCUCUCCUGUAAAACGAUUUGCUCUGAGGUAAUAAACAUUAUUAAAGACAAAAAAAAAUCUAUAAACUGAAUAAAUUUUACUAA